UGACGUAAUUUCCGUCGGAGUCUCAACGGCUGUGGCCGUGGUUGGUUAGUGGAUCUGCGGCCUAGUCGUGAAUUCCUCCCUCUCUCCCCUCUCCCGUGAAGCCUCGGUCUCGCCUGGAUUCUCCGCCGAGAGAGAGCGGCCUCGGCCCCGCCAGAGCGGACGGGGGCGGCCGUGGUGGAUUUGCGGCCUAGUCACCAACUCCCCACGUCUCGAGAAGCCUCGGCCUCGCCUGGAUUCUCCGCCGAGCUAGAGCCACCUCGGCCCCGCCGGAGCGAGGAGGGUGACGGUGGGUCGGUUGCGGCCUAGUCACCAACUCCCCACGUCUCAAGAAGCCUCGGCCUCGCCUGGAUUCUCCGCCGAGCGAGAGCCACCUCGGCCCCGCCGGAGCGAGGAGGGUGACGGUGGGUCGGUUGCGGCCUAGUCACCAACUCCCCACGUCUCAAGAAGCCUCGGCCUCGCCUGGAUUCUCCGCCGAGCGAGAGCCACCUCGGCCCCGCCGGAGCGAGGAGGGUGACGGUGGGUCGGUUGCGGCCUAGUCACCAACUCCCCACGUCUCAAGAAGCCUCGGCCUCGCCUGGAUUCUCCGCCGAGCGAGAGCCACCUCGGCCCCGCCGGAGCGAGGAGGGUGACGGUGGGUCGGUUGCGGCCUAGUCACAAACUUCCCACGUCUCGAGAAGCCUCGGCCUCGCCUGGAUUCUCCGCCGAGGGAGAGCCACCUCGGCCCCGCCGGAGCGAGGAGGGUGACCGUGGGUCGGUUGCGGCCUAGUCACCAACUCCCCACGUCUCAAGAAGCCUCGACCUCGCCUGGAUUCUCCGCCGAGCGAGAGCCGCCUCGGCCCCGCCGGAGCGAGGAGGGUGCUGGAGUUGGUGUCGGCUCUGUUCUCUCUCCCCUCUCUCUCUCGCCGCGAUGAAGCUGCUGAAGCCGCCCUGGGUCAACCACAACGGGAAACCCAUCUUUUCCUUGGACAUUCACCCCGAUGGACAGAAAUUUGCAACUGGUGGCCAAGGGGAGGAUUCCGGCAAGGUUGUGAUCUGGAACCUGGCCCCAGUGAGGAGUGAAGCCGAAGAGAAGAACAACAACCACCACUCCACACGCGUGUUGUGCCAGAUGGACAACCACCUGGCGUGUGUCAACUGUGUGCGGUGGUCCAACUCCGGCUCUCUGCUUGCGUCUGGGAGUGACGACAAACUCGUCAUGAUCUGGAAACCUGCAACGUUCAUUGGGCCCAGCGCUGUGUUUGGUUCGGCCUCGUCACUGGUGAGCAGCACGGAGCAGUGGAGGUGCUGCUCCAUCCUGCGCGGACACACGGGAGGUACGUUGUGCAGGGGGCGGAGCUCUGGGGUGGUGGAGGGGUGA